AUGUUCUGUUCGGGCGAUCGCGAGAAAGGGCCCGUGGCCUUGGAGGAACAAUGGGAUUAUAUCAACCUGAGUGAUUUCAAGUCCGAAUCCUGCUGGUCGGGAUUCUCGUACUUUCUGAUCUAUGUGUUUCUGUUGGUCUCGGUGGCGGUCUACGGUGUGGACACCUUUACGGCCGUCAAUCUGUUGGCCUUCUCGCGGUGGGCGGGCUCAAUUGAGCCUGCGAUCCCCUUCAAGGUCUCGCGCUGGAUCUUCGCCGUCUGCAUUAUCGUCUCGUUCGCUCUGCUGAUCUACCGCUGGUUGCGCGCCAUUCGCGCGAUGCGCUCGGGCAGCAUCGCCCACAGCUAUCUGGAUUCGCUCGCGGUGCGCAUCCAGAGUAUCCGCAUGGGUCAGAAUGGUCGUGGGUGGAGGCGCUUCUUGGUCUUCGCGGAGUUGACCAAGAGUCGAAAGGGUGCGGAGUACGUCGCGCUCUUUGCUUAUUUUUCUUUUGAAUCGUGGAUGAGUACAAUCUUCGCCGAUGGCCCGCGACAGGUUGUCAACGCUAUCACUCUCUACUCAGUCAUGCAGAUGGAUUUGCUCCCGGGAGGCAGUAAUACGGAUAGUACGGAUGGGUCUACUGCUUCUCAGCUGUUUCACAACAUCAAGGUCCUGGCGGAAGACAAUACGCGGCAGGCUAUUGUCCUGGUCGGCAUGAUCUUCACUCUUGUCAUUUGGGUCUUGUCAAUGCUCAAGCUGCUACUGGCCGUUGUGCUCUACUUGCUGUUCCUCUGGCACCACAUUCCCACGGAAGAUGGAUCGUUGAAGAGGUACUGCAAGCGCAAGAUCAAUUCACGGUUGACGCAGAUUGUUCGGAAGAAGGUCAACAAGGCACUGGCCAAAGGCGUGGCUCUCCAGGAUCGGAAGCCCACCCAGCCCAACAUAGGUAUCGACAGGAAGCCGACUUUGCCGACAGUUGGCAUGCACGAUGAUGAUAAGACGCCGAUAGUCACGACUAUUUCGCGGAGCACCACGCAAACGACGUUGCCAGCAUACUCAUCUCGCCCCGGCACAGCUGCCCCAGACCGCAAACCAACUCUUCCCGACUUGUCCACGUUCGAUGAUAAGCCCCCAGCACUUAGCCGCACGGUGACUCAGUCUUCCUUUUCAGAUGCUGCUUCUAUGUCCGGUAGUACUGCCGUGUCUACAUACAGCCCUCUUGAUCGACAUGGAACUCCGGCGCCUCCAGUACCGCCUCUUCCUCAGCAAGGGCCUGCCCCGAUGCCGCUGUCCCAGACUCCGAGGCCACGCCAGAACUUCAACCAGGCGCCUCCGGCUCAGGGGUAUGGAGAGCCAAUUGGUCCGCGUAGCCAGACCCCUAUGUCGCGGUCAACCCGUACGCCUGCUCCUCAGCAACAGGCCCCAGCAAUGCCUCGGUCCCACACUCCCAUGUCGCGUCAGGACUUCACUCCCCCGCCUCCUGCUCCAGGGUAUAGGGGAAUGGAUCGAGCGUCACCUGCACCACCUAUGCCACGCAUUCAGACACCUAUGUCUCGAUCCCAUUACACGCCGGCACCGCCGUCUGCCAUGCCUGACCAUAGCCAUAUGCCGUAUGCGACCCACCAGCAGGAUCCUGGCGAAGGGUACAACCCGUUCGCAAACCAGGAGGCCUACUACUCACAGUCAAGUACUCCUUUCCGUUCCUGCAGCCCAGCAACUGGACCGAACGCACGAGCAUUGACACCCGGUGCAAUUCGUUCCCCUGUCGAGGACAUGCCAAAUCAGCCGUUCUCUUGCGCAAAUCAGCUGAGUGACACUCCUUAUCCUGUGGGGGAUCAUGAAUACCCUGGACGGUCAUUCACACCAGCUGGUCCUGGCAAUACGAGGUCUCCUCCGCCUAUUAACCCGGCUGAAACCUGGGAGACAAGAACGACGACUCCGAUCGGUGCAGGGACUGCGAACACUUAUACUGCGUUCAGCCCAGCCGACAGGAGCUCUCCAAUGCCACUCGCUGGCAAUAUUGCUUCCGGACAUAAUGGAGACAACGGCGGUUAUGGCCAGCAUGAAGACGACCUGGCACUGGGUGCCAUUGACCCGGUUGACACACAUCAGACGAUACAUGAUCAAAAUACUGGCUAUGUCGCGUUCAAUCCCUCUGCCAACAUCAAUUCGCCUUUGGACGACCAUCACAGCCAUGACGAGCACUUCGACCACCGCGAUGAGCACCACGACGAGGACCACGACGAGCCCCAUGCUAUUGACCACUUAGACAGAGCCUCCCCUGCUGGCUCGCAUGAGGCCGCGCAUAACGCCGCCGAUUACAUUGCCUUCAACCCAUCGGCCACAGAGUCGCAUCAAGAUUCUGACAAUAGACACCUGUCAGAACACGAACCGUACGGCCACGAACACCAGCACGAUCAAGGCCACGAACACAUCUAUAACUACUACGCCGGACAACCGCCCGCUACAGCUAUGGGAGCCAUGUCCCCGAUCCGCUCCACGAGCCAUGAAGGCUACACGGCAUUCAAUCCAUUCGAGGAAUCGCAUGCCGCCGUAUCCGAUCCCAAGCACGAGCGCCAACACCACGAUUCCCACCUCGGACCUCCACAGCCGGAGAACGACAUGCCGAAGACUGUGCCCCCGGAGCACGGCUAUGUAGCCUUUUCUCCAGUCACCCACGCCGUGUCUUCCACUGAGGCGUAUUCUCCGGCGACGGCGCAUUCGACAGCCCAGAUGUUCGCUCCCACCACCACACAUGCCAUGUCCUCUCCAGCAGAAGCCUAUGCUCCGACCACACAACCCCCUCCCGCCGUGCACGCUUAUUCCCCCGCCCCAUACCCUUCAGCAUCCCAACCCAUCGAACGGGCCUACUCCCCUUCGGUACAGCCAUACCGUCCCAACCAACAACAUCCCUUCUAG